GUAAGCUUUUGUCGUUACAUGAAACGGGCGACAAAGUUCGUCUAAGCAUCAGUUCGUAUCAGCUUUUGUCUGUCUGAUGUGGUCUUGUGUAGGCCAAGGACGAGAAACCCCCAGACAAAAGGUCGGCAGCCGCUCUUUUAUCGCCGAGCACCCAGCAGGCGCAUCUCAGACCUCCAUUCCCGCCCGCCGGGGAGCCAGAGGUAAAAAAGAUAUCAAAGUAAGCCGUCUUCACGCAACAUGCAUUCAAACACACGCACAUAGCGUAGCACGCCAUCGACAUCGCAUCGCAUCGCUUAGCGGCGAUCGUAUCGGUCAUCAGUGCGGCCACGGCUGCACAUCAGUGAAGUCACACACAACAAAUCAUUCAAUCAAGCACCGCACCCUGGCGAUCUACACGCCAUCUGUGUGCGUGUGUGCGUUGUGCUCACUCUCGGUCUCGGUCGUCAUAGCCUCGAUCUCUGUCCUCAUACCCUCCUCGGCCCCUGUCGAAAUCAUCGCGAUCUCGCUCAUGCGAACGGGAGCUACAAAUGAAGCCACACCAAGACAAGAAUGGCCGACCAGGAAUGCCCACCUAUGCCGCAUCUGGCUGCCUGUUUGCCCGCUCACCGGUCUCUGCGCUUGCGUCUGUCGUACUCAGACUCAUCCUCUUCGUUGUCGUUGCGUCGCCUCCCCCGCCUGUUGUAGGGGCUGUAGGAGGGGCUGCGGCGCUCGUUGCGGUACGAGGGGCUGCGGCGCUCACGGCCGCCACCACCACCACCACGGUCGUUCCUGUCAUGGUCGCGAUCACGCCUGAGCCAGAGGGAGCAAAAGGGCAGUUCAUGAGCGGUCUGCUUUGGCUUCGUGCGUGUUUAUACCUUCCCCCCCUCUCAUAGUCUCUCGGCGCUCCUCCCCCUCGGUCCUCGUUCGCCCCUCUGCGAGGCCCGCGAGCCAGCUCUACACGGAUGCUGAGAAGCAUACAUGCACGCCAUCCAAUGCAUUGCUGCCCAUGUGAAGGGAUGGAUCGUGGCGUUGGUUCCCUCACCUUUUGCCCAUGUAUGAGGUGCCGUCGAACUGCUUGACCGAGUCAGCCGCAUCCCGCUUGUCUUCAAACGUCUGAACACAACACACGCACACAACAGACAGACAGAGCAAAGAGAGAAAUGAUUAAGCGCAGAAAGGGCCGAUCUUCCAUCGUGCAAGCGGUAGCAGCCACUUCACAGUCACGACACGCAUCGAACGGCAAGCUGCUACUUGCCACAUCCCCCCUGUCUGUCUGUCUGUCUGCCUCUUGUUGAGUACACUGAGUGCGCUGCGGAGCGGCGAGGCUUUUCAUUCACAGCCGAUGAAGAUGCCAAGAUGUGCAGAGAAGAAUCGACAGAAUGACGUGAAGUGAAGCGAAGUGAAGAACGAAGAAGUGACGUGACGCACUCAUCAUCAGCCAAAAAUGGGACGGGAACGGAGAGCUUCACUCAGCACGAUGAUCUGUCGCUGCACCAUGGAAGAGGUGCAUCGCCUGUGACCUUACCACAAAGGCGAAGCCAGGAGGAUUCCGAGCCACCCACGUCGAGCGGAUUUGACCUGAAUCAAGACAUGCCAUGCCGAGCAGCAUCCAUCAUUCAUUAAGUCUUGUCCCCAGGUGUCGCAUCUCUCACCGCAUCCGGCGAACAUCUCCUCAAUGUCUCGAGCAGUGGCCUUCUCCGACAGAUUGCCUGAUGGACACCAGAGCAUUCGUGAACGUUACGGUAGCUGCUCGGCUCCUUGUGAGUGGGUGACUCACCGAUAUAGACCUUCUUGCCCUGAUCUGCGGGGUCCCAGUGCGCCAUGGCGUUACCGCAACACAAACAGAAGGAAAACCUAUUUCAAACAGGC